CGCGGCGCGCCGCUCGCCUCAACAUCUUAUCUUCUUCUUCUUCUUCUUCUUCUUCUUCUUCUUCCCCACGAUAAACACGUACGCGCGCGCCUACUCGCGGCCUCAGCUUCUCCUCUCUCUCUCUCCUCGUACGCGCCAACAAGCAGCAGCAACUACACUAGUACGUAGGUACGUAGUAGGCUUGCAUACUCUGGCUCCAUGGCGGCCGCGGCGGCGGCGGCGGCCCCGCGGCACCACCACCACCACGUCGUCGUCGGGAGCAGCCGCUCUGCGCCCGUGUCGGUGUCGGUGUGCGUGCGGCGGUGGUGCGGGGGCGCGUCGUCGUCGGCGUUGCUGCGGGUGGGGAUGAUCGGGGGCGCCUCCGCGUCGUCGGCGGAGGGGAGGGGGAGGAGGAGGUGGUGGCGGCGGGGUAGGAGGGCGCUCCGGGUGCGCGCGGCGGCGGGGAUGGACAUCGCGAGCGCGGUGGAGGUGAUCAACGACCUGGGGUUCGACACGCUCACCUUCCUCGGCGUCACCGUGCUGGUCGUCCCGGCCUUCCGCGUCGUCAAGGCCAGCCCAAUUCUUGGCUUCUUCUGCGCCGGCGUCGUGCUCAACCAGUUCGGCCUCAUCAGGAACCUCACCGAUGUCAAGCUCCUCUCCGAGUGGGGGAUUCUCUUCCUGUUGUUUGAGAUGGGGCUGGAGCUCUCACUGUCUCGCCUUAAGGCUCUUGCCAGAUACGCCUUUGGGAUGGGUUUGCCUCAGGUUCUUUUGUCAACCCUUGCUUUCACGGCGUUCGAGCUUCCUCCUAAUGGUGCUAUUGGAACCAAGAUUUUGCAGUUCCUCUUUGAUUCAAGACCUGAUCUGGUGAAUAUCAGGAGCGUUGAUGAAGCAAUAGUAAUUGGGGCUGCCCUCUCACUAUCCUCAUCUGCUUUUGUCCUUCAGCUUCUUGCUGAGAAAGGUGAACUCCCAACAAGAUUUGGCUCAGCUACACUGGGAAUCCUCCUCCUGCAGGAUAUUGCUGUUGUUCCUCUCUUGGUCAUACUCCCUGUGCUAGAGAGUCAGAAUGUGGUGGAGCAAAGUGUGUGGCCAAUGUUAUUAGCUGAAAGUCUAAAAGCACUCGGUGGACUUGGCCUACUUUCCCUUGGAGGGAAAUACCUCAUCAGACGCAUCUUCGAGUUUGUUGCAGAGUCAAGGAGCUCAGAAGCAUUUGUUGCACUCUGUCUUCUUACGGUUUCAGGAACAUCCCUUCUCACGCAAUGGUUGGGAUUUAGUGAUACAUUAGGUGCAUUUCUGGCUGGGGCCAUUCUUGCAGAGACAAAUUUCCGUACCCAAAUUGAAGCUGACAUAAGGCCAUUCAGAGGUUUGCUGCUUGGGUUGUUCUUUGUGACUACAGGAACUUCUAUUGACAUGGAGCUUCUCAUCCGGGAGUGGCCUAAUGUUCUGUCACUGUUGGGAGGCCUUAUUGCAAUCAAGACAUUGAUAAUUACUGCAAUAGGCCCAAGAGUUGGGCUAACUCUUCAAGAAAGCGUAAGGAUAGGAUUGCUGCUUUCUCAAGGAGGAGAAUUUGGUUUUGUGGUGUUUUCGUUGGCAAACAGGCUUGGUGUCCUACCACUUGAGUUGAAUAAACUGCUCAUCAUUGUUGUUGUACUGUCUAUGGCGCUAACUCCAUUACUCAAUGAAAUUGGAAGAAGGGCAGCAGGGAUCAUCGAUGAGAAAUCAGAAACAAAAGAAAAACCAGCUGAGAUGGUGAAUUAUGAUGCCACUGAACCUAUUGUGAUUCUUGGUUUUGGAGAAAUGGGAAAGGUCCUUGCAAAGUUUUUGUCUGCACCAUUAUCUUUUGGGCUUGACAAAGAUGCGGAAGGUUGGCCAUAUGUUGCAUUUGAUCUAAAUCCUGCUGUCGUAAAGUCAGCUAGAAAAUCAGGCUUUCCAGUGCUAUAUGGAGAUGGUUCACGCCCUCUUGUUCUGCAAUCUGCCGGCGUAUCUUCUCCGAAAGCUGUCAUGGUCAUGUAUACUGGAAAGGAAAAGACAAUUGAGGCUGUCAACAGAUUGCGGCAAGCUUUUCCUGGCGUUCCAAUGUAUGCAAGGGCUCAAGACAUGUCACAUUUGUUAGAUCUAAAGAAAGCAGGUGCAACAGAAGUUGUUCUGGAAAACGCUGAGACUAGCUUGCAACUAGGCUCGAUGCUUUUGAGAGGACUGGGUGUCAUGUCUGAUGAUGUAUCCUUCUUUAGUAAGCUUGUGAGAGACUCAAUGGAGUUACAAGCUCAGGAAGCACUCAACAACAUCGAAAAUCGAGAAAUUGAUAUCAUGAAGCCACUUGAGAUAAGAAUAUCAGACUUGGUUGAGCGCAAUGGGAAUGGUUCAAGAAUGAUAGCCCAGGAGGAUUCACUAAGGCUAAGUAGUCGCCCAAACAUACCACUAAUUGAAGCAACUCUAGAGGACCGAAUACCCGAAACUACAGGGGAAAAUGACCAGACUGGAUAUGACUUCAACAACAUAGAUUCUGAAGAUGGUGUCAAAUAUUGUCUCUUGGAAGCUAGUGAUGACGAAGCGAAGCCUCCAAUUCAAGCAAGGAAAUGAUCGACCAAUCUGUAUAGCGCCACUAGUAAAGAACCAAGAUACUAAACUUCCACUUCUAGGAUCAAGCCCAUAGAAUGGUAGCCAGGCAGAGCAGAAGUUCAGACCUGGCACUUCUCUUGCAAUUGGACAUAUGCCUAUAGCUUACAUGCAGCAUAUAUUUCUGAGGACUGGAUUGAUGGUUAUCAGUGAAGGGCAUAUGAUCACUGGAUUAUAUGUCACUCAAUCCUAAAUCAUGCUGCAGAUAGAGAAAAAUUUCAGCUGACAAACCUGAUACUCAUAUACCUACUGAUGCAGCUCAGAGUGCCAGACUGAAGGAUCACCAUCCAGAAUUCAGAAUAGCAUUUUUACUUUUUACAGGACCCUUAAUUUGUUCAGUUAGGACGACACCUAUAUGCAUAUAUAGAUGCACAUUCCUUACACAAUUGUGCUGUAUUUGUAGCGUAUAUCGGACCGAACAUUAAUUCCUGUACCAAUUCAGGUACGCACAGAGAAUUACAGAAAUAGUAUUGCAGUCAUCGUGGAUUUGUGAUA